GUGUUCCCUUAUCCCAGCCCGGGGAGGGACCCCCCUGUAGGGCAGGGACGGACCCUCCGGGAUGCCGCUACCUACAGGAGCCUGUGUCGACGUAGGGAUUCGAUUGCAGGUUUGCGGGUGGAAACGAGGAGUCUUAACGCUCUUGUUUCAACUUUUAAGGCCGCGUCUGAUGAGAAAUGGAAAUCUGGCUCAAAGUCAUCUUUCCUGUUGUUGACAUCACCUGAAAACUCCACUGGAAAUAUUUCCACUAGUUUGCUGCAAACAUCGCUCCCCCCGAGGUCUCAACACCUUGUCCAAUGGAUGGCAUAGCAAUAGCAUCACUGUCCAGAGAGCUGGAAUCCUUCCUCGCCUGCCUGCAUGCUGCUUGAACUGAUCCCAAGCCUUUGUUUUUGGACUGAAGAAACCUGAAAACCUUUCUCUCCUAAUUCAUGAGCCAGCAGGAUGUGGUCGCCGUGCUUUCAGAACGCCUGCUUGUAGCCGCCUACAAAGGCCAAGUGGAGAAUGUGGUGCAGCUUAUCAACAGGGGUGCCAAGGUAGCAGUUACCAAGCAUGGCCGGACCCCACUGCAUCUUGCUGCCUACAAGGGUCAUCUCCACGUGGUCCAGGUUUUGUUGAAGGCAGGUUGUGAUCUGGAUAUUCAGGAUGAUGGUGACCAGACAGCACUGCACCGGGCUGCUGUUGUAGGGAACACCGAUGUAAUAGCAACUCUGAUUCAAGAGGGCUGUGCUUUGGACAGACAAGACAAGGAUGGGAACACUGCUCUUCAUGAAGCUUGUUGGCAUGGAUUCAGUCAGUCUGCCAAAGUGCUUGUUAAAGCAGGAGCCAAUGUUCUUGCCAAGAACAAGGCAGGUAACACACCUCUUCACCUGGCUUGCCAGAAUAGCCAUUCCCAGAGUACUCGUGUUUUGUUACUUGGAGGAUCUCGAGCAGACCUCAAAAAUAAUGAUUAUUUCAUCCCUGAACAUCAUGACAAGUACAGCUUUCUCACAGUGAUUACAUGCUCAGAGCUUUGUUUCUGUUUGCAGGCAGGAGAUACCUGUCUGCAUGUGGCUGCUCGUUAUAAUCACUUGCCCAUCAUUAGGGUGCUGCUCAGUGCUUUCUGUUCUGUCCAUGAAAAGAACCAGGCAGGGGAUACUGCACUCCAUGUAGCUGCUGCUCUAAAUCACAAGAAGGUGGUGAAGCUCUUGCUGGAGGCAGGGGCUGAUGCAUCCGUUGUCAACAAUGCAGGCCAGACCCCUCUAGAGGUUGCCAGGCAGCACAAUAACCCCGAGGUUGCGCUCCUGCUCACUAAAGCAUCACAGGUCUCGCGUUUUAACCGUGGGAGGAGCCUGAGGAAGAAGAGAGAGAGACUGAAGGAGGAAAGGAGGGCUCAGUCGGUGCCACGGGAUGAAGUGGUACAGAGCAAGCAGGGCAGUGUCUCAGCUGCUGAUGACACACCAAGCAGCGACCAGCCCCCAGAGAGGAAGAACAAUCUGAAGGAUAAACCCCGGUCAGCCUCACCAGAUCCCAAAGGAAAAAAGAGCAAAAAGAAAAAGCCAAAGGAAAAGGUUUCAGCACUCUCGGACCCCAUCUCCCCAGCUGAUCAGCAGACACUCCCCCAGCCCCAGAAGAACGUGCCUAAGCGCAGAAGUAAACACCACUGCUCUUCUCCACCCCCUCCCCACGAGGUCCGAGCCUACCAGCUCUACACGCUCUACCGAGGAAAGGACGGGAAGGUGAUGCAGGCACCCAUAAAUGGAUGUCGUUGUGAGCCCCUGAUAAAUAAACUGGAGAAUCAGCUGGAGGCAACAGUGGAAGAGAUAAAAGCUGAACUUGGGACAGUACAAGAUAAAAUGAAUAUUAAGCUGGGCCAGAUGGAAAGCAAAACUCAACAUCAACUCCGAGUUUUGGACAAGCUCAUGGCUGAGCGACUGUCAGCAGAGAGGACAGAGUGCCUUCACCGCCUGCAGCAGCACACGGAGCUGGAAAAGAGUGAGGGGGAGAAGCGGCAGAUUUCCUUGGUUGAUGAGCUGAAGACCUGGUGCUUGUUGAAGAUUCAGAAUCUGGAGCUCAAGCUUUCUGGAGAUUCCAGGUCAUCAAGACCUAAAUCAACUUUGUCCACUUGCGAGUCUCUCACUGAGACCCUGGAUACUGACAACAACCCCAACAGUGCCAAGGACUGUAAAGCCAACCAGCCUGUGCUGCAGUCAGAGGGCUCCCACCAGCAUUCCUAUAUCACACUUCCAAAUAGCCUCUUGGAAGAUGGGGGAAGGAGCAGAGUCCAGAUGCCAGAACAAAGCUUUGGGCAACACUUUUGCAUUAAACAAGAUGGAGCAUUGGGUACAACCACAUCAGGUACAGAGCAACAGGUAGUGGCUGGUGGACCAGUUUCUUCUUCUGCCCCUGCUCAAGAUGUUAGGCCAAAGGACAAAGCUGUGAGUGCCAGCACGUUCCACAGGUUCCAGCAGGAUCUGCCCUGCUCUGAGCUUUCGGGCUCCAAAUUAAGACAUGUUAAAGUUCAAGCUGCUUUGCAGCCAGGGACUGAACCUGCAAAGACAGAACUACAGAGCGGCUGCUUCAUUGACAAAGGAACUCAGACGAAAAGGUCCAGCAGAAGCGGGCAGUCACGGCACAAAGCUCUGCACCAUGCUGGGGCACAGCAGGGCCAGGAGCAGCAGCCCUCAGCCCUGCCUGCCCCUCCGCUCAGAGACACCUCCCAGGCCCUGGAGAUAACCCAGUACUUCUUUGAGGCCGUUUCCACGCAGAUGGAGAAGUGGUACGAGCGGAAGAUAGAAGAAGCCAGGUGCCAAGCAAACCAGAGAGCGCAGCAGGACAAAGCUGCGCUCAAGGAGCACAUCAAAUGCUUAGAAGAGGAGCUGAGCAAAUUAAGGACUAAAGUGCAGAAAGAGAGCUAGCACCUGCCAGGCAGCUAACCGAGCAACAGGACUCACUGUGCAACCUGCUGUAUGGGAAUUUGGAAUAUAGAUAUUUGUAGUGCCUGUUUCAUCCAAACACAACACUCUAUUUCAGGAGUAGAAAUAACUUUGGAAACUCCAUAACUGAGGAAAGUUCAUAUGCAAACUAUAUUGAUAACAAAAAGAUGCUGCAGAUUAGAUCCUUUCUUUGUUAUUUCCAAGAGUCUGUCAAUAUUGCACUCUCAGUUUCCAGAUGCUGCUUGAAACCAAACUGCAUUAGUAACCAAAACUGUAUUCUGAAAAGGGAAUUCCCUUACUUCCACACAGGACAGACUAGAGGGUUCUACUAUAUGCCACAUGUAAACACGUAGUGUUACCAGUACUGAAAUAAAUCCAAGAUAUU